AUGUUCAAGUCUGCCGUCCUCGCCGGCGUCGCCGCCCUCCUCAUCGCCCCCUCUGCCGAGGCUGGUGGUCUCUCCUUCAAGACCCUCAAGGCUUCCAAGAACUGGAGCUGCAGCUCUUCGGGUGCCAAGUACACCUGCUCGGGCAACACUGUUGGCUCGUUCUACACCUCCAUCCUCGGCUCGGCCUGCUGUGUCUCGUCCAAGUGGACCACCACCACCAUCCCCUCGUCGUGCACCUGCCCCUUUGACUGGCUCUUCCACACCGGUGCCAAGGCCUGUGCUCCCCCCAAGGUUACCUCGACCUGCGACUGCGGUGAGGGCUACACCUACAACACCAACUCGUGCAAGUGCGAGUUGACCACCGGCGGCGGCUGCUCCAGCUCGCAGUGGUGGAACGAGCGUACCGGCCUCUGCUGCGAGAACUCGUGGACCAAGACCCCUCCCACCGGCAAGUGCCCCUCGGGCGUUACCUGCCCCACCUCGUGGUCGUGGUCCGACUCGCACAACUGCUGUGUCCCCCUCAAGCCCCGUUCGCCCGAGCCCGACUGCUCCAACUGGAACUCGGCCCAGAACUGCUGCGGUACCCACACCACUGCUACUCCUUCGGCCGGCUCCAACCACAACUCUGGCUCCAACGGCUGGAAGCACCGCAAGGGCAAGCGUGACGACACCUACGCCCAGUCUUCGUUCGACUCCAUGUACUGCCCCGAGGGCAAGGUCUGCACUGUCCCCUCGGCUAACGGCACCGCUUGGGCUUGGGAGUGCAUCAACCCCCUCACCGAGCUCGAGUCGUGCGGUGGCUGCAUCUCCGACGGCACUGGUGUCGACUGCACUUCCAUCUCCAACGCCGCCUCGGUCGGCUGUGAGCAGGGUGCCUGCAAGGUCUACUCGUGCAAGAAGGGCUACACCGCCGAGGGCGCCCAGUGCGUCUCCAACUAA